AUGUUCAACCCUUCCACAGCACGCACGGAAAUGAACCAAAAACUGGUGAAAACACUUUUUAUGGUGACAAUUUUAUCACUAAUAUCUUGGCUACCGUUGCAAGUCAUAUUAAUCCUUCUUUAUUACUAUCCCAAUGUAAAAAUUACAGCCAACAUUUUAUUAAUAGUUCGACUUUUUCAGUAUUUUAACUCUCUUUUAAAUCCCAUUGUCUACAACCUUCGAAUGCCCGACUUUCGGAAAGAAAUGAUCAAUUUAAUUUGUGCAUGCUGUAUAAAAGACAUCCCAAAAAGAGCGGGCAUUCGUUUGAAUUCCGUUCGAAAGAUAACACCUGACAUAAGGGACUAACCAAGUUGCUAUAACCUCCUCUACUUAAGACCUGGGACUGGAACUACAAACACUGUCUCAUCAUGUUUAGGUAGUUUAUGUCAGGUAAAUAGGGUGAGACAGCUUCUCAGCACCAGGACAUUAGGGAAUCUUAUAAAUGCGCUAUAAAGUAUUUAGCAAAUUAUACUUUUGCUCUCCAGUAUAGUCUAGCGCCUCUAAGAAAAAUAUCUCAAAGCUGCAAAAAGUCCAGAAUUUCAAUGCAAGAAUAAUCACUAAUACAUGAAAAUUUGAUCAUAUAACACCGGUUCUUCAGGAGUUACGCUGGCUGGUAGGCGUUCUCGCGUUUAAGUGUACUGUGCGAAAGGGCUAG